AGGACAGCAUACCUAGCCAAGGAAUAGGACAGCUAAGCACUGUCUCACUGUCUCCCUGUCUCCCUGUCUCUCUGUCUCACUGUAUCACUGUCUCCUCUCUGACCGCCUGAUGCUGCUGGGACCUACUGACCACCUCCACUGCGUCUGCAUCCCCCUUUAACACUGAGCAUUAAGGAACAGUCCUACUCACUACGCACACUUUGACUGAAGCGGACAUGGACACCGUCCACCUCUACGGCGUGAGAAGCACGCAGUACCUGCAGGAGAAUUACUCUGACACGCAGGGAUGGUUCCUCUUCAUGUCCUCGGCUGCAGACCUGCGCACGACCUUCCUGAUCCUGUUCCCCCUCUUGUUCCACUUUCAGCCAGCCACGGGCGUCAAACUGGUGUGGGUGGCUGUGUUAGGAGACUGGAUCAAUCUAGUUUGUAAGUGGAUGCUCUUUGGAGAACGUCCAUACUGGUGGGUUCAGGAGACCUCCUUUUAUGGCAAUUCCACAAUACCACAAAUAAAACAGUUUCCCAUGACCUGUGAAACCAGCCCUGGUAGUCCUUCCGGUCAUGCAAUGGGGGCUGCAGGAGUCUACUACGCACUGAUCACAUCUGUCCUCAACACCUCCCUUCAGCACUGUGGGAGUCCUGCACAGAGGUGGUGCAUAAAGACACUUUUGUGGACAGUCUUCUGGGUCAUACAGGUCUGUGUAUGCCUCUCCAGAGUGUUCAUAGGCGCCCACUUUCCCCAUCAAGUCAUCGUUGGAGUUGUUGUUGGUGUUGCUGUGGCUGAGGGUUUGAACCGAGCCCCCUGGAUCCAUCUUGUCAGCUUCAGAGGCUACACCCACCUCACUCUCUUCCUGCUGGCCUCUGCGCUGGGCCUCUACGUCCUGCUGAACGCCGUCGCUGUUGACCUGCUCUGGAGUCUAGCCAAGGCCCAGCGGUGGUGCAUCAAAGCGGCAUGGGUGCGCCUGGAGACCACACCGUUCGCUAGCCUCCUUCGUAACACCGGUGUCCUCUUUGGGCUGGGCACGGCCCUGCACCUGCCCAUGUGGGACAAGGCCGUCAGGGAGAGAGUUGGAUGUGGAGGGAAAAGUGGCGCCCCCUUCAGGCUGGCCUGUGCGAGCGCUGCCAUAUUGCUCUUGCACGUGCUGGACACUUUUGGGCCCCCAGUUCACAACUAUCCCCUCUUCUACCUGCUCUCCUUCUGCAAGAGUGCCACAGUGCCCUUGACUACUGUUGGCAUUGUGCCCUACUGUGUUGCCAGGGCAACGAAUGCUGUAACCUGGAGAGGGUUCUGCCUCUGAGUCUGUAUUGAGUGGCACUACUCCAUAGACAGAGGCCACCAAACAGGAGAAGUAAGUGCAGAGAUGGGAACAGAAAUGGUCUGUGUGGUCAUCAGGGAAUCAGGGUUGAAGACCAGUUCAUGAUUCUGGCAGGGCACAAUGUUUUGGUGUUGAUCCAAACUGAAAAGGUGUCAGUGGGUGCACUUUAUUUUGAACAGUCCAUGACCCUCGUAGACAAUACAUUCUGAAAACUACCUCAUUUCAAACAGAAAUACAGCCGUCAGGCAGUACCUACACAUGUAAACAGAAGCACAACAGCGCUUUCCACACAAAAAUACUUACAUACAUACAAUCAACAAAUUCACCACAAAAGUAAUGUGCAUACAACUUUCAUUGUGGAAGAGAGACUCCAAUUGCUUGCUUUACAACAAAUGUUACUUUGUUACUGUAUUUUGCAAAUAAAUAUAAUUCACUUG